AUGCUGACAGCGCCGCCCUUGCUUGGGGGCCACUUCGGUAUCGCGCGGCCGCCUGCGGGCUUCCUGCAAGGAAGGGAUGUCUCCCGAAAAGCCGGCGGAUGCCAGCAGCAUGGGCGCCCCGCGGAGGUAGCGGGAGGGAAGUCGUCCAAAUCGCCGGCUGCACGAAGACAGCUCUGCUCUGCUGCGGGCUUGCUACUGGCGGCCCUUGGCCGCCCACGACGCGCUUCCGCGGGCAUCACCGCGCCCAGUGCAAACGAGAAGGAUCUCGCGCAGAGGCUCUCCGAGGAGGCGUCCUUGCGGAACCCCCGGCUUCUCUGGGGCGCCGAUGAAGUUGCGGCCUACCCAGGGUGGCUCUUUGGGGAGUGGGAGAUCUCCUCCCGCCCCUCGGCCUUUCGCGAGCCUCUGGGUUCCCGUUUCCUCGACGAGGCCACGCGCUCUGGGAUCAGGGAGGACUUCGAAGGCAACGUGCCGGCGAAACCUCUGAGGUGGAAGUCCCGAUUUUAUUGGGAGACCUUGGACCGGACUGGGGAGAUCAGGCCGCGAGCACGGACUUUCCCUGGUUCUGGCAUCUUGCUGGCGCUUCCGGCUCUGGCCGAGAGCUGCCCAGCAAAGGUGGUCCAGUUCCGCGCCUACAACGCCGGACAAGAGAUGUCGGCGUUCCUGAAACAGGGCGUGCCGCGGGUGGUCGCAGAUGCAGACCCCCGCGAGAAGCCUUUGCAGAUCUCUGUCUCCUUCCCAGUGACUGUCGAGGAGGAUGAGGAGCUCAUCCGGAGCGUCGUGCUGAAGCUGGAAGCCAGCCGGACGCAGCAGGUGCAGGAGAUCGAGUUCAUUUCUUCCGAACUGUUCCGCCAGACCAUUUUCACAGAUGGUGAGCUGGACAGCUCGGGAGACUUCGAGGUCAUCAAUGCAUACAGUCUGAUCGAACCUGGGCGCGUGGCGGUGAGGAAUCGCGUAGCCAAAUACUUGAUCCCCUCCGACGACCUCUACAAGGAAGCAGCUGGCCAGGCAGUGAGCUGGGCUGAUUACCUUUGGGACCUCAAGCGCUUGAGCACUUGCAUUGAUACGCCCUACGGCCAGCAAUGCGUAAGCUCGGAGGCAGCUACAGCAAGAUGCUGA